AUGCACAAGCUGAGUCAUAUUCUUCUCUCUUCCCUUCGUCCCCCGCACCCCCCUCCGCACUGUCCUCCUAGUUGCAAGCUAGGAAACAUCGAGGCCACAGAGGAAACCCUGGGGAACAUUGAGGCCACAGAGGAGGCCAAGCGCAUGCUGCAGCAUCUAACCACGGAGGAGGCCAAGCGCAUGCUGCAUCAUCUGUCCCUCACCCCUUUCCCCUCUUCCCUUUCCCCUUCCUUCCGGCCGCUUUCUCCCCCAUUCGUCGCCGCUCCUUCCAGCUACAAGCUGGGCAACAUUGAGGCCACGGAGGAGGCCAAGCGUAUGCUGCAGCAUCUAAGUCUCUCCCCUAUUCUUACCCCAUUUUCCUCUUCCCCCCAUCCCCCGCACAGCUACAAGCUGGGCAACAUCGAGGCCACGGAGGAGGCCAAGCGCAUGAUGCAGGAGAGAAGGCCAUGGAUGAACCACCCGCGGUAUGGCCUGUUGUUGUGGGGAGGGGGGUUUUGA